GACGACUACGAAAGGACAUACCCGGAGGAUCCGAUAUUUGAAGAAAUGGCUCCUUCUGCUAGGAUAUGGCGGGCAUACCUGGAUGAAUGUCAAAACUACGAUGCGGAAAUGAUAGAAGGCUGGAAAGACACUGUCGACGUCCUGCUAGUUUUUGCCGGUUUAUUCUCUGCGGUGGUAACGACAUUCGUGGUGCAAACGUUGCAAUCUUUGCAGCCUGACUUCAAUGAAGUAUCAGCGUUCCUGCUACUUGAACUCGUUAGCAUGCAACGGGCCCUUGCUAACGGCACUUCUCUGUCCGACGUUCCCUCUUCCCAGCUGACGCCUGACUCUAUCUUCACUCCUUCGUCUCUGAUCAUUUGGACGAACGGGCUUUGGUUCGUUAGCCUUUCACUCAGCUUGGCCGUCGCACUUGUAGCCGUCUUGACCAAACAAUGGAUACACCACUACAUGUCUGUACCAUCGGGGACCCCUCGGUACCGCAGCCGCAUUCGUCACUUCCGUUACAUGGGCUUGGAGAAAUGGAACGUGCCAGUUAUCGUUGGACUGCUUCCCUUGCUCAUGCACACGUCUUUGGCCCUCUUUUUCGUCGGCCUAGUGCUGUUCUUGAUCACCUUG